AAGGUUUAAACGACAGGCCAUGUGACUGUUGUUUAGAAACUUGAUCUCGAGUUUUUAAAGGUAAAAUAUGGAAAAAGGGCAAUUUAAUCACUCCGUUAAGGUGCCGAAGUUGUACAAAUGUGCGGCAAAAAUCAUCGAGAAGGUCACUGAGGGUGCUGGCAGCAUUAAGCAGUUAGUUUAUGAGAAAACCCACUUUAACACCAAAGCUCUAUUUGCCUUAGUAAUGACUACCUUUCAGAAGACCAAUGAAAUCAAUCUUUUAUUGAAAAGAACCCAGUUGUUAGAUAAAGAACCCCGUUUAGAUCCGUGCUUAGCAAAAAUCCUGAUUAGCGAACUGGUCUGGGGUAAAAAACAGUUGCCCCGAAGCGACGCAAAACCCAUUUUAACCAUACUAGCGUAUGAGCAGGCCUUUCAUGCACACCUCAGCGACUCUUCUGGCGAAUUUUCUUCAGAGUCAAAAUCUUUCUUCAGAAAACCGCGUUAUAUUCGCAUAAACACGUUAAAAACAUCAGUGAACGAAGCAUUGGAGCUGUUUCAAGAUGAAGGUUGGAUUCUACUUCCCAAACCUGAAAACUGCAGCUACUCAACCUAUUUGCAGCAAGUUUCCAGCCUGGAAGACGGGUACUUCCUUAGAGACUAUCACGUUCCCGAUAUGUUGGUAUUCCCAACUGGCACAGAGUUUCACAAUCAUCCUGGAUACAAAAAGGGCGUAAUUCUGCUGCAGGAUAAAGCCAGUUGCUUGCCCGUGCUGGCAUUGUCGCCCCAGCCUGGAAGUGUUUGUUUGGACAUGUGCGCCGCUCCAGGCAUGAAAACUACUCAAAUUGCCAGUUUAAUGGAAAACUCCGGCACCAUAUUUGCCGUAGAAAGAAGCGCGAAGAGAUUCGAAGUCUUGCAGAGAAUGAUCGACUCUUCUGGAGCUACAUGUGUAACGCUAGCGAACAAAGACGUCCUGCAUUGCAGCGACACCGACUUUCCCAAAGUUGAUUACAUACUAGUAGACCCAAGUUGUUCUGGAUCUGGCAUGACAAACCGUCUGGAGGUCUGCACAGAACCUAUGAAUAAUCCCGAUAGACUGCAGCAGUUGGCAGGCUUUCAAAUAAUGAUUUUGCGUUCCGCUCUUACACGCUACCCCAAUGCCAAGCGCGUUGUCUAUUCAACGUGCUCUUUGAAUCCCGAAGAAAAUGAAGACGUGGUUAGACAAGUCUUGGAGACUAAUAAUCAGUACAAACUUCUACCUGCCGGCGAUUUCUUGCAAAACAACUGGACUAACUUUGGGUCGAGCAGCUUCGGAAAAAUCGGCCAAUACUGCCUGUAUGCGCGCCCGGAAGACGAUUUGACCAACGGAUUUUUUUUGGCCGUCUUCCAACGCCUGGCCGAAGACGAGGAGAAUGAGUUUUACAACAACAGGGCGUCGCGGUAUAUUACGAACAUGCAAAAAAAUAAAACGAGGCGAGAGAAUCGGAAUCUUCAGUCGGCAGAUUCAACGGGAUUUCCGAGGAAAAUGGAUUCUAAUCAAGAGCGCGUGGAGCCGAAGGAUAAGUUGGAUAAUUGGCGAUAUGAUUAUGAGCAAGGAACAGCCGAUGAGUGGAGGGAGAGUGAAGAAUCAGGAAGAGGUCCAGGCACAAAAAGCGCCCGAGUUGAUGUGCAAUUGAGGCUGAUUAAUGGACGAUUUGACAAGGGAAAAGCGGACAAUGGUAGGUCGAGAACUGACGAAUUGUGUACAAAUGAAGAAGACGAACCGUUUGAGGUGAAAGUGAAGGUCGAGGAAUUUGCCAGUGGAGAAAGGGUGCAGAAGAGCGAAGAUACAGCAAACAGCGCGGAAAGGCAAGCCAUGAAAAAUCGUGCGGAAAUUAAAGCAAUAGUUGAGGAAUUUGUCAGAGAAGAAAGCACAAAAUCUAAGCGGAAGAAGGACAAAGACCAAGAAAACUGCGAGGCUGAUGAACACAGAAAAGCUAAACGGCACAAGAGUGAAGAUUCAAUCGAAGGUAAAGAAGCAAGUGGAAAAGUUGACUGCAAAACGAGCAAAUUAGUUGAUGUGGAAAUCAUGGAAGCAGAUGAGGAAAUUGCCAAUGACCAAAGGAAGAAGGGUGAAGAAUCAUUUGAAGAUUACGAGUUGGAAGGAGGCACCGAAAAAAAGAAAAAAUCCAAACGACACAAGAGCGAAGAACCAAGCGAAUAUAAUGAAGAGGGUGGAAAUGUUGAGCGCAAAAAGAGCAAAUCUAAUGAUCUGGAUGCGCAGAUAGCAGAUGAGGAACUUGGGAGCAAGAAAAAGAAGAAAUCCAAGCGGACGAAGAAGGAACAAUCGAAUGAAACUAGGGAAGACAGUGAGAACUGUAAAGGCGAAAAAGAUGUUGAAAUUAUAACAGUAGAAGAAGAAAGUCCCAGCAAAAAAAAGAAGAAAUCCAAGCGGACGAAGAGGGAAGAGUCAAGUGAAACUAGGGAAGACAGUGAGACCUUUAAAGGCGAAAAAGAUGCUGAAAUUAUAACAGUAGAAGAAGAAAGUCCCAGCAAAAAAACGAAGAAAUCCAAGCGGACGAAGAGGGAAGAGUCAAGUGAAAGUAGGGAAGACAGUGAGACCUUUAAAGGCGAAAAAGAUGCUGAAAUUAUAACAGUAGAAGAAGAAAGUCCCAGCGAAACAAAAAAGCAAUCUAAGCGGACGAAGAAGGAAGAAUCAAGUGAAAGUAGGGAAGACAGUGAGAAGUUUAAAGGAAAAAAAGAUGUUGAAAUUAUAGUAGUAGACGAAGAAGGUCCCAGCGAAAAAAAGAAGAAAUCCAAGCGGACGAAGAGGGACGAAUCAAGUGAAACUAGGGAACACAGUGAGAGCUUUAAAGGAAAAAAAGAUGUUGAAAUUAUAAUAGUAGACGAAGAAAGUCGCAGUGAAAAAAAGAAUAAAUCCAAGCGGACAAAGAAGGAAGAAUCAAGUGAAACUCGGGAAGACAGUGAGAACUUUAAAAGCAUAAAAGAUGUUGAAAUUAUAAUAGCAGAAGAUGAAACUCCCAGCGAAAAAAAGAAGAAAUCCAAGCGGACGAAGAAGGAAGAAUCAAGUGAAAGCUGGGAAGACAGUGAGAACUUUAAAGGCGAAAAAGCUGUUGAAAUUAUAACAGUAGAAGAAGAAAGUUUCACUGAAAAAAAGAAGAAAUCCAAGCGGACGAAGAGGGAAGAGUCAAGUGAAACUCGGGAAGACAGUGAGAACUUUAAAGGCAUAAAAGAUGUUGAAAUUAUAAUAGCAGAAGAUGAAACUCCCAGCGAAAAAAAGAAGAAAUCCAAGCGGACGAAGAAGGAAGAAUCAAGUGAAAGUUGGAAAGACUGUGAGAACUUUAAAGACGGAAAAGUUGUUGAAAUUAUAACAGUAGAAGAAGAAAGUCCCAGCGAAAAAAAGAAGAAAUCCAAGCGAAGUAAGAGCGAAGAAUUACCGGUUGCAGAAAUGAUUACACCAAAUGGAGAAAAUAAGAAGCGAAAGAAGGAAAGAAACUGAUGUAUUUUUGUUAAUAAAUUUUCAGUUUAUUUUAUUUAAA